AAUUUGUUUGUAAACAAAUACUGUUGUGAUAACACGCAAUCAGAUUCAUCGUUUUUCCGAUUGUGUUCCCUUGCAAGACCCCUCGAUAGUAUCAAAAUGGGAACCGAUGAUGACAACUGGUCGAUGCAGUGCUGUGAGCUGGAUGAUCUGAUUCCCUCACCGGAAGAUCUGGAAAGCGCUUACGUCGCGCUGGAAAACGGAACCUACCCACUGGAACUGAUCUGGAAAUGUCCCGGCCGGCGUCCACCUUCACCGGUUCAGAAAGACGAACCCAAAGUGGCAGAACCGGUGGAAAAGGAUACUCCAACCAAAAACAAAGAGUUCGACUUCAUGGACGAUGCGGCAUUGCCUCAGAUGCGAGUACGCGCCCAGAACACCGGUCCGAAGGGGUCGGCCAAGAAGAAGACGACAAAUUUCGCGGGCGUUUUGGAUCAGAUGAAGAAACAUGGACGUUUAGCGCCGCUGAAGGAAGGUGGAGCCGUGCCAGCGGCUGCAAGCACGGGCGGAACAGCUUCCACCGGAGGUGCCAGCGGUGGAGCGGGAAGUAAUAGUAAUUAGUAUUAUUUAUAAGUUAACUGUCAAGCUUAAAGUAAACCGAAAUUAAAUCUUUCUUUUAAAUUUAACAGGAUUUUUUAAAUAUAU